AUGGCUGACGUGCGGCAGGAAUCCUUCAACCUGCUACGUGAGCCCUGUGUUGAGCUCAGUUCUGUGGGAUUACGGUUCCGUGGAAACCAGGCCUCAGCUUCAGACGUCUAUCAAGCCCUCGAACCCGUGCAUCAUGCUUUGGUGGAGCUUGCGACGAGGAACGCACUCGAUGGGAAACUCGCCGAAUAUGCCUUCUUCCCGCUCUCGCAUAUCUUCAACGAAACGCAACGGCUUCCAGCACGAUGCCUCGAAUCAGCAGUACAAUCCCUACACCUCUUGGUAUCAGAUGGCUGGCGAGAGCAAUUAUCGCCGGCGCUGGGAAAGCAGUUGAUCAUACUGUUGACACUGAUUGUGGGAGGCUCUCCAAAUAAGGUCGAGGGGCAACAACCUUUGAAGGCGCAAGUGGCAGAGGAGUUGUCUGUUUCAUGCUUUGAUUGUCUUCGCGCCAUCUUCGAUAUGCUCCGCGGACCGGUCGCAGAUCGAACCAUCUUCCACGAGAUUGGUACGGCUACGGUUAUCGACCAGACCGUAUACAUCUUGCUCGACGGCGUUGUGGAUGAGAGAUCCGAUGAUAUCGGCGUAUCAGCAUCUAAGUCACUCAAAUCUCUCUAUUCUCGAAUCACAGACCGUGUCGUGUUAGCCAGCAUCAUGCCUCGCACUGUUUCCGCACUAGCAAAGGUGAUACGUCCCACCACACAAGCUCGGCGGUCCUACAAGCUCUUGGAAGUAUGUCUCGAGAUACUCAAUCAAAUGCUGAAAGUCGUCCUGAAUGAUCGUGCCGUCGGAAGUACGGAGAAGGCCUCGCCUAUUUCCACAGAAUCGGAUAAAGUCGCACUUGAUACUUCCUGGCUCAAGGCUACAACUACACAAAUCAAACUAGCCCUUGUCCAUGUAACCCAGGUCCGUCGUCAUCAAAGACCAGAGGUUCAAUCUGCUCUGUUGGAUCUCUGCGUGAUGGUGAUCGAGGAGUGUCAAGUCGCUCUGAAGGAUGCUAUUCCCAUAAUGGCUGAAACGAUUGUGGUCUUGGCCGAUAAAGAAGGCGAUGAACCGAACCAGGCUUAUUUGACCCUCCUCCAUCUCGCUACCACGUACCCAGUCGUGUUAGACUCUCUGAAGGAAUCGCUUCAUACUUGGCUCACAGCCUUUCCGCGGAUUAUGCAGAGCAACGACGAAACCGCCAAGCAAUGGGGCAUUCGACAAAUUUCUACUGUCUUCCAAAUAUUAUCUCAGCUCCAAUCGGGAUCAGACCUGCUCACAGGUAGUCUAGCAUCUGGCCUGUGCGAUAUUAUGGGGGCUGUGGUGAAGUAUGAUACGAAAUCACUGCAGUCAAUCUCGUCACCGGGCGGGUUGCGCUGGGAUGUACUUGCCUCCGAGUCUAAGUCAAUAGCCUUUCCUCCCAUCCUACUUGAGCAUCAGAGCCAGCAGCAAACCCUCAAGGACGUGCGAGCGUUUAUUGUCAGACUCAACCUUUCGGAGCUAGGAAAUGAAAUUACAAGAUCUAUCAUCAACCGCUUGCAUGCUACCUCGAAAGAUUCUGCCGUGGCUCCAUACUGGCUAGCUUUGACUUCACUCCAGGCGCAGUCGCAGCAAUCAGCCGAUUUUGAUGACUUCAUUGUCGAUGACCAUGUGGAGCAAUCUAAAUCGCUCGCCAGCCGCGGUGGCAUGAUUGAAGAGCUGUACUACACUUCAUUGACGAUUUUGAAUGACCUCCCUGUAGAUGGAUCUGGUGAUUGGCGAAUGUCAGCUCUCGCGCUGCAAGCUGUGGCUCUUCAAGCUCAGCAGCUGGGAGAGGCAUUCCGGCCUGAGCUGAUGGAUGCCUUGUAUCCAACUCUGCAACUACUUGCUUCCAACAAUACAACUGUCCAGCGCCAUGCCAUGAUUUGUCUGAACGUUCUCACUGAAGCAUGCAAUUAUCCAGACACCAGCUCCAUGAUCAUCGAGAAUGUGGACUACUUGGUGAACUCGGUAGCCCUUAAGCUGAACACCUUUGACGUGUCCCCAUACCCUCCCCAGGUGCUCUUCAUGAUGGUCAGGUUGUGUGGUGCAUCAAUUGUUCCAUACCUGGAUGACCUGGUGGACUCUAUCUUUGGCAUUCUUGAUCUGUAUCACGGUUAUCCCAAGUUGGUCGAAAUGAUGUUCAAAACUUUGGCUGCUAUUGUCGAGGAGGGGUCAAAGAAAACAUCGCUAUUGACAAUUGACAGUGGCAGAGAGAAAGGGCCCCAUGACAGUCGCAAAUCAAAAUAUCAGCACUUGUUGCUCUCGACCGUCGCAAGUGACAUCGCGAACCGCAAGGCCAAGCGUAUUGAAAACGUCGAAAAUGACGUUGAGAUUGAUGGCAGCCUGUCUCAUCCUAAUAAGCCCUGGUCGGAGACUUAUGAGAAGCCCCAACCCGAGCCUGAGACCAUUGAAGAGCUGUUGGCGAAAGCUGAAUCCGAUGAGCCACUCCCUCCUCCCAAGGAACCAGAAGAUAGCGAGAAGCCACUGAGCAAAACGCACUCACUCUUGCUCCACAUUGUCAAAUCCAUCCCAUCCCACAUUUCGUCACCGUCGCCAUUUCUUCGACGCUCUCUCCUCUCAAUACUCAUUGAAGUGCUGCCAUCCCUAUCUCAGAACGAGAACAGUUUCCUGCCUCUUAUCAAUGAUCUUUGGCCGUCAGUCGCGUCCAGGGCCAUAUUCCCAUCUUCUUUUGCCAGCAAAGCUUCCUCCUCGUCCACUCUCAUGACCCAGCCGUCCGCCGAGUCUCGAAACUCUACCAACCAGCCCGAUACCCAUACAUUCCAAGAGGAGACUUUCGUCAUUACCUCGGCUUGUCAGGUAAUUGAAGCUAUGUGCAAAGGUGGGGGUGAUUUCAUGGCCUCGCGUGUUGAAACAGAGUUCCCACGUUGGCUGCGGCUCUACCAACGUGUGUGGACUCAGGUACGGCAAGAUGCCGAGGCGGCUAAUGAGCGACGGGCUCGACAACAAAGAAAGACUAGCGUGCCCCCGACCACCGCGGUAUCAGUGAUACAGCCUGCAGGUACCGAGUCUGAGGACAGUUUUGCACUGACGCCCUCUCUCACCUUGUCACCGACUACCUCCGGCUCGCGAACAUUUACACCCCAGCACGCUCUGUGGGGGGCUUUGAUAUCUUUGUUCAUUACAGUCCUCUCUCAUGUCCGGCUGCCCUUGGAAGUGGGUGAUCAAGUCUGUGAGAUUCUGGGAGAAUGGAUCGCACUCUUCGUUGGGCCAGAAUACUAUUUCCACGCCUCAGAAAGGACUUUCUCUCUAGCAUCGGAUGAUGUCCUUAGAGGCAUGAUUGAAUCGGUGGAGGAUGCCAUUCGCGCAAUGGAGACCUGGAACCCUGAUCUGACUUGGCUUAUCAUGGCCUCACAUCGAAACAAGUCAUCUUCAUCGCGUGUGUCCGAGCCAAAUGAGGUAAUUGACGUCUUUGGCGAGUCGUUGCAGUAUGCGAAAGUAGCAUUCUAG